CUCUCCCUAUUUCUCCUCAAAUCUCAUUAAAAAUGGUAAAAUUGAGUGGGAAAGGGUUCCUUUAUUACAUCAGAUUUUUGACCUUCCAAAGAGCCUGCAGGCAACUGGUGUUCCCGGAUAAGAAGAGGGAGGGGGGAGAAAGUGUCGCCGGUGUGAUAAGACAGCGCAAUAUGUUGGGCAAAGGCGCUUCUUUGUCUCUUAAUCCUCGUAUCCUCACUACUUUUGCUGGAGACUCUCGCUUGAUUCGAUCGACGCGGCCUCUUCCUGCACUCCUCCGUUCUAACCCAGGAAUCAAACCUGUGUCCAUGCAGUUGUCGAGAACGUUAUCUGGCAUUACCAAUCUCUUAUUCAAUAGAAGCAGCAACGUUGAUGAAUUACCUGGAAUCAAGCGUAAACAUCUACGGCCCGGAAAAGUAUCUCCUCGUCGACCUGUUCCGAGUGACAUACCACAACCUCCUUAUGUCAAAUCUCGAAAACCACCUGGAAUUGUUAGCGGACCUGAAGUGCAUGAUGAAACGGGGAUAGAUUGCAUGAGAGCUUCUGGGAGACUUGCUGCUCAAGUUCUUGAAUAUGCUGGGAGUUUAGUCAAGCCAGGCAUAACUACAGACGAAAUUGAUCAAGCAGUUCACCAAAUGAUUAUUGACAAUGGAGCAUAUCCUUCACCUCUGGGCUAUGGUGGAUUUCCAAAGAGUGUCUGCACAUCAGUGAAUGAAUGCAUUUGCCAUGGAAUUCCAGAUUCUCGUGCACUUGAGGAUGGUGAUAUUGUCAAUAUUGAUGUGACUGUUUAUUUGAACGGUUAUCAUGGUGAUACAUCAAAAACUUUCUAUUGUGGGGAGGUUGAUGAAGAAGCCAAAAAAUUGGUUCAGGUGACAAAAGAAUGCCUAGACAAGGCAAUAUCAGUAUGUGCACCAGGAGUAGAGUACAAGAAAAUUGGGAAAACAAUACAGGACCAUGCAGAUAUACAUCGCUAUGGCGUUGUGCGACAGUUUGUUGGUCACGGAGUGGGACGUGUUUUCCAUGCUGAUCCAGUUAUUAUGCACUACAGAAACAAGGAUCCUGGACGCAUGAUCUUGAAUCAAACCUUUACAAUUGAACCGAUGCUGACAAUAGGCAGCAUAAAUCCUAUAAUGUGGGACGACAAUUGGACAGUCGUCACAGAGGAUGGAAGCCUAUCUGCACAAUUUGAGCAUACCAUAUUGAUAACUAAGGACGGUGCUGAGAUACUAACCCAGUGUUAAACAUGACAUUUAGUGAUUUAAAUAGCAAGAGAUUCUUCCAGAUCCUUAUAACCUUACGGUUCUGAGUUACCAUUUUUUUUCUUUGUUUUUAAUUUUUUGUUCUUUUUUCGUUCGUUGUUGUAGGGAAGGUGUCGGCAUUUAUAAAGCUGAAAGUGAUUGAUUAUUUGUAAAAAAUUAUGUACUUUGUCAAAAUAAUACUAGUAGCAAUUUAUGAGUUCUAAUGACUCACCUUCUCUUGUACGGUGGAUUUUUUCUUCA